AUGUCAAAAGCAUUCGACAGUCUAGACCACGGCAUCUUGAUCAAGUACUGCAUUAAAAUGUUCACGAGUUACUUAACAAACAGGUGCCAAACAGUCCGUAUUAACUGUACACUCUCGGAUACUCUAGAAGUGACGAAUGGGGUACCACAAGGAAGCAUAUUUGGGACCUUGUUAUUUAGCAUUUACGCUAACGACCUACCAUCAGUACCACAGCAAUGCUCAACUGAUUGUUACGUUGAUGAUACAAAACUGUAUAUGUGCUUUCCUGUUAGAGAUUAUGAUCUAGCCAUGGACCUCAUGAAUGAUCUUACAAGAAUUCGAAAUUGGUGUUUCCAGAAUUUAUUGCUUUUAAAUCCUGACAAAACCAACCUCAUGGUUUACGGAACCAGACAGUUGAUUACAAAACUACCUAGUGAUUUUUGCCUUUCACUGUUGGAAAAGAUCUUAUCCCUGGAGAUGUAG